AGUGAGAGGAGAGAGCUGCGGUUAUAACUGUGUAUAAUCACAGAGGCGUUAAAGCCGGUUAUGGUCACUCUGUACUGACAGCACUUAUUCAUCUGCACACUCAGAGAUGCAGUUCAUGCUGCUCUUCAGCAGGCAAGGAAAGCUGCGCCUGCAGAAAUGGUAUGUCCCACUGUCCGACAAGGAGAAGAAGAAGAUCACGCGGGAGCUGGUACAGACCGUCUUGGCACGAAAACCCAAGAUGUGCAGCUUUCUGGAGUGGCGAGAUCUGAAGAUUGUUUACAAAAGAUAUGCCAGUCUGUAUUUCUGCUGUGCCAUUGAGGACCAGGAUAAUGAGCUAAUCACGCUGGAGAUCAUUCAUCGCUACGUAGAGCUUCUGGAUAAGUACUUUGGCAGUGUUUGUGAGCUGGACAUCAUCUUCAAUUUUGAAAAAGCGUACUUUAUUCUGGAUGAGUUUCUGUUGGGUGGAGAAGCUCAGGAGACAUCCAAAAAGAAUGUUCUGAAGGCCAUUGAACAGGCUGACCUGCUACAGGAGAAUGUAGAUUUUAAGAUCCGAAUCUUCCCAGCCUCGACAUGAGUACUUUAAUGUGCCUGUGUACUGAUUGGCUGUUGGUGGUUGCCCGUCAUGCAUGCUGAACCCCCUACCCUCCUCGAUGCACCUGCUGGUCCUUACCUCUGCUUCCACACCCGUCCUAUCAGACUGCUGCAGCGUCUCUGGGUGACCAGGCUCAUCUUCAUCUCUGUGUGUGUGUUCAUGUCACUUCCAUAACACAUGUAUCAACACAUUAUUUUUCUGUCUUUCUUGGUUUCAUGCACAUAUUUACACUACUGUUUAUUUUUCAUAUCCUGUCUACCUGUACUUCACCUCUGUGUGAUAGCGCCUCCUGGUGGGCUUUUGAAUGUGGCACUAACCAAGGUUUCCAGAUUGCAAUUGGUGAUUCCAUCCAAAUCAUAGUCUAUAAACUGCUCUAUUAAUAAGUAAAUGUGUUAUUUCAUAUAUUAUGUAAUGAAUCUCUCAUGAUAACAACCUUGACCAAUUUUGUAGAUUAAAGUACAUUUUAGGACCCCACUAAUUACCUGAAUUUGGUUCUGAAAAGACCCUUUGCUGUUUUAGCAUCGGUCCCAGAAGACAUGGUUUGAUAAGUUUGGUCUGCACAGAACUCUAAUGUUCAACCCCAUUAAGACGUGAAUAGCAACUGUGAGAACACUAUUCUAAUGUAAAUUGUUUUGGAAUAAGACAAGGUAAUGUCCAGGAGUCCACAUACUGUUGACCACACAGCGUAGAGUUAUAUGGAACAUUUCAAUCUGGCAACCCUGGACCAACCUGUAUACGUAGUACAAGCUACAAAAUUUUAUAAUCUAUUAUAGAUUGAUAAUGCUUCUAUGUUUUUAAUGGUGUUUUUUUUUUUAUUACAAAUCAUAUAAUCGUCUUGACAGUUAAGUGAAAAGUCGAGUCUUUAGAAAAGUGAUGAAUUUUUUCAUGAAUUGAAUGAGUAUUUGUUGUUGCCACAUUUGUGAACAAUGGCUGCAAAUGUAUUAAUAACACAAGCUUCUGAUGAGUCGAUCAGAUUUACCUGCUCAGUCAUCUGAUCAUGUGCUCCAAUUGAAAGUACCAGACUCGAAAUCUGAAUCUUUUGUACAUAUAAAUGUACAUAGUCAAAUUUACAAAUUUGUUUAUUUGCUUCCUAGAAGCUUCCUCUGUUUCACAUAAAUGGUUCUUCCUCUAUUUUAUAUAACUUGCUACAUUAUUAUUUUCAAGAAGCUUCGACCUUUCAGUUGUUUGUAACUGUUUUGCAAUUUGUCCUAAAUAAUAUUUUGUAAUAUUUAGAACUAAAAUUUAAUGUCUAUGUUCAGUCUAUGUGCAAUGUCUUGUUACUUUUAUGUUUAUAUUUUAAAUAGACAAAGUCAACACAAAAUACAAUUCAAUGCUGAACUACUACUGUGUGUUUGGUAAUUAAUCAUCAGCCAACAUUUUAGGUUAUAUUCUGCUCUAUAAUCCUAACCCUGGUUUUAACUGUGUAGGUUCCAACUUCUUUAGUUGAUUAUUGAGACUGGCACUGAACUUACUGUAACCCUGACCAGGAUAAAUUGCUUUGGGAGAUUGAAUGAAUAAUUAAUAAUGCUUGAUACUGGCCAUGCUUGCAGAUUUACUGUCUAAAACGAGUUGACUGUUUAUUUGUCAGUUUAAGAUUAAGUGUGUAAACAGCAAGUUUUUCCCUGCAAGGAAACUUUCGUUUUCUGCAAUUUAGUGAGUCUGGAAUGUUUUAAACAAUGUUAGCUAUAUGCACGUGCAUCAGUGGUUAUAUUUGUACUACAUGUAAUUAAAUGAAUGUGCUUCAGAAUACAUCAACAUGCCCAAUCAGGCAACAAAGUGAAUUGUUCCUGGAAAUGACCAUGGUCUAUAAACCACUGUACACAGGAUAUUUUUGGUAAAAUGUAUUAAAGGUGAAGGAAUUUUGUGUGUUUUUGCAGCAAAAGUAGUCAUUAACACACAAACACACACAAUUACUAAGCAGAUGUUUUAGUAUGUUUAUUUAUUUAUUAAUUUUAUAGUUACUGCUUACACAAGAUUCAUCAGUUCACAAGUUUUAAUGUAAAACACAGUCAUGGACAAUUUGGACUGUGGGAGGAAACCGCACCUCCCAGACAAAACCCAAACAGACAUGGGGAGAACGUACAAACUCCACAUAGAAAGGACCCGGACCUCCCAUACAGCAGAAAUAAAGCCAAACAUGUUACAUGGCACAACAUGUUACAAAAUUGCUUAGAGUAAUAUUAAAUUGUAAAACCUGUUUUAUUUAAUGAACAGACAAUGAUGUAAAAAAUGUAGCUUUUUUAACAAUUACCCUUUAAGAUCUGUGCAGUUCAAACUACAACAAACCUACAACAAUGUAAUUUCUUAGUAUUA